AUGGCACCACCGGCAACCCCAUCGACACCGGCCACCCCGUGGAAACGGCCUCCGAUCGUGUACGACAGAGAUUUGGUGAUUGAGCUCGUCGAAGCGGCAGACUAUCCGAUCGAAAAGCACGUCCUCACCACGCCGGACGGCUACAUCCUGAAGCUCCAUCGCAUACCGGACCCGCUGCAGUUCGAGGACACGACCCCCGCCGCCAGCGAGCAGGACUCCGAGCUGUUGCGUUUCGGUCCGAGGAACCGAUUCCGCGGCGCGGUCCUGCUGGUGCCGGGACUGUUCUCGACGGCGGCCGACUUUGUCGUGGCGGGACCGGAAAACGGGCUGGCGUUCGUGCUGGCCGACGCCGGGUACGAUGUGUGGAUGGCCAACGUGCGCGGGUCGCGGUUUGCGCGCAAGAACGUACGGCUCAACGUGGCCCAGAGCGAGUUCUGGGACUUCAGCUUCCACGAAAUCGGUACGAUCGACAUUGCGGCCAUCGUGGACUACAUCCUGCGGGAAACGAACCAGCCGAAGGUGUUCUACGUCGGCCACAACCAGGGCAUGUCGGAGCUGUUGGCGCUGCUGGCCAGCAAACCGCGCUACAACCGCAAGAUUCAUCACGCCAUCGGCCUCGCCUCGCUGGCCUUCCUCGGCACGACCGAGAACCGUGCGAUCCGGCGGGCCGCCGACCUGACCGACCGCCUGUACGCCACGCUCCGAUCGAUGAACGUGAACGAGAUCAAACCGUCGCCCGAUUUCGUGCGGCUGCUCAGCGGAACCGUUUGCUCCGGCGAGACGAACGAGUUGUGCGCGGAAAUGCUCCGCGGGUUCCUGGGCUCCACGGUUGACCGGUCGCGCAACCUGCUGCCGAUCAUCGUGGACGACCUGCUGAGCAGCAUCUCCACCAGGCAGCUGAUACACUUCGGCCAGCUCAUGCAGACAAGAAAAUUCCAACAGUUCGACCACAAGAACCACAUGAUCAACAUGCAACGGUACGGACAGGGAAAACCGCCAGAGUACAAUCUGUCCCGGGUGCGGCUUCCGGUGAGCCUGUUUCACGGUACCAGAGAUUUUGUGACGUCCAUCAAGGAUGCCCACAAGCUGAAGGACGAGCUAAAGAACGUGAAACAUUUCAUUGAAGUUCCCGGCAUGAACCACAUCGAUUUCGUUUACUCCGAUAAAUUAUACGGUCUGGUCAAUAGGAAGAUUAUCGAAAUAUUCAACGAAAUCUAG